AUGAAAUUCUCAUUAGUCUCUUCUUGUGUUGCUCUGGUUGUCAUGACUCUGGCAGUCGAUGCUGCUCCCAGUGGUAGCAAGAAGCUUUCCAUUCCUUUGUCCAAGAAUGAAGAUUACCAACCCAACAUCAAGCGCUCCAUUGCUAAGGCUCGUGCAAAGUACAUCAAGCACAUCAUCAACCCUCUCCAUGGCGUCCCCGCUAAUGCUACUGCCAACGGUGGCAACACUGUUGAUGGCACCGGUUCCGUUCCCGUUACUGAUUACGAAAAUGACGUUGAGUACUACGGUACUGUCCAGGUCGGUACUCCUGGUCAAUCCCUCAAGAUCAACUUUGAUACUGGUUCCUCUGACUUCUGGUUUGCUUCUACUUUGUGCUCUACUUGUACCACUCACACUCGUUAUGACUCCAGCAAGUCCAGCACCUAUGCCGCUGAUGGUCGUUCCUGGUCCAUCCAAUAUGGUGAUGGUUCCACUGCUCGUGGUGUCUUGGCUAAGGAUAACGUCAACUUGGGUGGCCUUGUUAUCAAGGGUCAAACUAUCAAUUUGGCCAAGCAGGAAUCCAGCAGUUUCGCCAGUGACCCUAUUGACGGUCUUAUGGGUCUCGGUUUCGAUACUAUUACCACUGUCGGUGGUGUCAAGACCCCUGUUGACAACUUGAUCAGCCAAGGUCUGAUCUCUUCUCCUGUCUUUGGUGUCUGGCUCGGUAAGGCUAGCAAUGGUGGUGGUGGUGAGUACUUGUUUGGUGGUUCCAACCCCAAACGUUAUACUGGUUCCUUGACUACUGUCCCUGUUGAUAGCUCUCGAGGCUGGUACAGUAUCAAUAUCAGUGGUCUCAAGGUUGGUACUACCUCUGUUGCUAGUUCUUUCGACGGUAUCCUCGACACUGGUACCACUCUCUUGCUCUUCACCCGAUCUGUUGCCAACAAGGUUGCUGCUCAAUAUGGUGCCACUGACAAUGGUGAUGGUACUUACACUAUCGGCUGUGACACUUCCAAGUUCAAGCCUCUUAACUUUACCAUCAAUGGUGCUCAAUUCCAAGUUCCCGUCGAUUCCCUUAUCUUCGAGAAGAGUGGCUCCACUUGUUUCGCUUCCUUCGGUUACGCUGGCCUUGAUUUUGCUAUUUUGGGUGAUGUCUUCUUGAAGAACAACUAUGUUGUCUUUAACCAAAAGGUGCCCCAAGUUCAAAUCGCUAAAUCCGUUUAA